GCGACAUAACCUCACCGUAUUGUGUACAAAUUUCGCAAAAAUGAGCAGAAAAGGAUACAACUGGAGGGCCAGGAAAGUCGUUGAGACAAUUAUCGAUGACUCCACAACGAAAAACAUUGAUUUGGAUAUAGCUGUAAAAGGUAGUUAUGAUGCUAGUAACGAGUUGGUUUUGCCUUCCAAGAAACGUAAAACUAAGAUUAAGAAGGAUAAUAUUAAGGUGACUAGGAUUUUGUCCAAGAAACAAAGGAAAAAGUAUGAGAAAAUAUUGGAGAAAAAGAAAAAACAAGAAGGGAGAGUGGCCCUAUUGGAAGCUCUACAGGAAGUAAGAGCAGGCCCUGAAGAGCUACAACAGCUAACUUCAUUGGUAUCUGUACAAACAAAAGGUUUAAAACGGUUGUUUCAAGAACGAGCAAACCCAGGCAAAUUUAACAAACCGAAAAAAGACCAAGCCUUGGUGACUGGGGAGGUUAAAUUGAACAGCCUGUCAGGCACAAAAAGAAGAAAAUUGACCACUGUAGAUUUAAAUGAACCGCAAAUAAAUGAUCCUAAUGUUGUUGGCUUUGAAGAAAGUGAAGAAUCAGAUGAAGAUAGUGAAGAUGAUUGUGAGGAGAUUAAGGAGAACAUCAUUAAAAAUGAAGAAAUAGUGGAGGAUGAUGAAGAAGUAGUAGAAGAGGAGACAGAACAAAAAGAUGAUGUAGUGGCACAAGAAGUAGUGAAAGAGGUGAUAGAGAUUAAAGAUGAUGAAGUAAAACAAGUGGAAAAUAGUGUUCAUGAAACGAAAAUUGAUAGGAAACCAGCAGUUUUUGUUGAUGUUAUACGGAAUGAAGAAAUUCAGGCUGCUAGGUUGAAACUGCCCAUUCUGGCUGAAGAACAGCAAAUAAUGGAGAUUAUUAAUGACAAUUCUGUUAUUAUUUUGGCUGGCGAGACUGGUAGCGGUAAAACCACCCAAGUCCCGCAAUUCCUAUACGAAGCCGGUUACGCUCUAAAAAAGCAAAUCGCCGUCACUGAGCCGCGCAGGGUUGCCGCUAUUUCGAUGUCGAAACGCGUAGCCGAGGAGAUGAAUUUGAGCACCAAAGAAAUCUCCUACUUGAUUAGGUUCGAAGGAAAUGCAACUGACGAGACCAAGAUUAAAUUCAUGACGGACGGUGUCUUGCUAAAAGAGUUGCAGAGCGAUUUUCUGCUGAGAAAGUACUCGGUGGUUAUACUGGACGAGGCGCACGAGCGUAGCGUGUACACCGACAUUCUCAUAGGGUUGCUAUCGAGGAUAGUGCCGUUGAGAGAGAAAAGAGGAGACCCCAUGAAGCUCAUAAUUAUGUCGGCCACUUUGCGUCUGGAAGACUUCACUUCCAACAAGCGCCUCUUCAAGAUAACCCCGCCUGUCAUCAAGGUGGACGCAAGACAGUUCCCGGUGACGAUCCACUUCAACAAGAGGACGAGUGAGGAUUAUUUGAAGGAGGCGUUCAACAAGGCUGUCAAGAUUAACACCACUCUGCCCGAAGGCGGGAUUUUGAUUUUUGUGACUGGUCAACGAGAGGUCAAGUCGUUGGUCAGGAAGCUGAGGAAGGCGUUUCCUUUGAAGCACAAGUCGAAGAUUCUCGAGAAAGAGAAGGAGGUUAAGGAUAGAGAGGCGAAGGGGGAGGAUGACGUGGCUGAUUCUGAUGUUGAGGAAGGCAUGAGGCACGCGCUACGCAACAAGAAGAAGAAAAAACUGAAAGUGAUCCCGCGGAUAAACCUGGACGACUACAGCCUGCCGGGAGACACGGAAACCGCCUCGGACGUCGAGGACGACCUCGACUCUGAUCGGGAGGAUUCCGACGUCGAGGUUUCCAUGGUGACCAACGCCCAACCGCUGUGGACGCUGCCCCUCUACUCGCUCCUCCCCUCGCACAAGCAGCAGAAGGUGUUCCAGCCUCCGCCUGCCGGAUGCAGGAUGUGCAUCGUCAGCACCAACGUUGCGGAAACGUCGCUGACGAUACCGAACGUCAAGUACGUCGUCGAUACCGGCAAGACGAAGGUUAAGCUGUACGAUAAGGUGACAGGCGUGACGAGUUACGUGGUGCACUGGACGAGCAAAGCUUCGUCCGAUCAGAGGGCCGGUCGAGCCGGUCGUACCGGUCCCGGCCACUGCUACCGGUUGUACUCCAGCGCCGUGUUCAACGACACCUUCCGGGAGUUUUCCCCGCCCGAGAUACAGCAGAAACCGGUCGACGACCUGUACCUGCAGAUGAAGUGCAUGAACAUCGACAAAGUGGUGAACUUUCCCUUCCCGACUGCGCCAGACUUGCUGCAGCUGAAGACGGCGGAAUCCAGACUGGAAACCUUAGGGGCUCUAACAGCCGGCACGGUUACAGCCUUGGGUAAAGCGAUCUCGAAGUUCCCGGUGUUGCCGCGUUACGGCAAGAUGUUGGCCCUGAGCCAUCAGCAGGAUCUUUUGCCUUACACGGUUUGCAUGGUGGCAGCACUGUCCGUGCAGGAAGUUCUUCUGGAAGUUCCGAUUUUGAACACCGGUCCUGAGGAGUUGAAGGCGGUCAGGCAAAAAUGGGCCGCCACCAGGAGACAGUGGGCCGGUCUGUGCAACUCGCUGCUCUUGGGGGACAACAUGGUGCUACUCAGGGCCGUGGGGGCGGCUGAGUACGCGAACUCGCAAGGUAAGCUGGAAAAAUUCUGCGACGAAAACGGCCUUCGAAUGAAGGCCAUAAUCGAAAUACGCAAGCUGCGCAUGCAACUUACCAACGAGAUAAAAAAAAAUCUGCCCGAGGCGGAAGUGACGGUCGACCCUAAAAUGCCGCCUCCCAACGACUUGCAAGCGAAAUUGCUGCGGCAGAUUUUGCUCAGCGGCAUGGGCGACCAAAUCGCUAAAAAAAUUGCGCCCGAGGAGGUCAAAGAGGGGGAGGAUAGGGUCAAGUUUAAAUACGCCUACCACGCCAAUAACAUGGAGGAGCCUGUAUUCCUCCAUCAGGGUUCUGUUUUGAGAAAGACGUUGCCAGAGUACGUUGUCUAUCAGGAGAUAUACGAAACCAAUAAAAUGUACAUGCGAGGCGUUACCGCUAUAGAACCUGAGUGGUUGGCUACCUACGUUCCAAGUCUGUGCAACUUGGGGGAGCCCCUAGACGAGCCCCCUCCAAGAUUCGACGAACCUUCGGGGAAGCUCUUCUGCACCGUUACAGGCACUUUUGGGUCCCAGGGUUGGUCGCUGCCCAGCAUAGAAGUACCUUUCCCGCAUACCAUAGAAGGUUUCAAGUGGUUUGCGCGGUUUGUACUCGAAGGAAAGGUGUGCAAGAAGUUGGCCAAGUACGGCGGGGUUCUGCUGAGUCAGCCUAGCAUUAUGGUGAAGAGCUGGGCCAAGUUGCAGCCUAGAACCGACGCGGUUUUAAAGGCCCUCAUCGGCAAGGAUGCCAUGACGAGACAGGGCUUGCUGGAGGUUUUCAGGGACGAGCCUACAUUCCUUCUACAAGAAUACCUCAAAUGGGUCCCGGAGUCUGCGCAUGGUGAAAUUACGCUGCUGUGGCCACCUAUCGGGUGAACUCGUAAGUUUUACUUUUUCGAUGUUAAAAUUUUUGUUCAUGAAAAAAAUAAUGUAGGUUAUAUAUACAUUUAAAAAAGUUAUCAUAUACAUAUAAAUUGUGAAUAGGUUAAUUUUAUUUGUUUAAAAAUACAUAUAUAUAUUUUAACAUUUAUCGUAUUGAUUUUUAAGUUCCUCCACUUUUUCCAAGGGUUUUUUUAAACAAUCUUUUACUUUACGCUGGAGUUUCUUUUCUUCCUUUCCAAUAUGCUUUUCCGUGGCUGUUAUUCCUUCCUCGGUUUUCUUAAUUUUCUUCGCGAGACAUUGUUCCUCUUCUGUGGGCGACUUGGGAAACUCCUGCUUGCAAAUUUUCCCCACGUUUUUCACGGAAUUCUUUAUCCGCUUCACUUGUUUCGGGACGUCCGGAUCUACAGUCAGGCCGUACGUGCAUUCGACUAUUUUCGACGGUUUGAACAGGUCGAUUUGCACCAGCACUAUUUUCAGGCACGUUUUUCUGUGGUCGUUGUCUAUGAUCUUCGGGUUUUUCAGGUAAAACUGGAUGGACUUCUGCAGGGCUUUUAGUUCGAAGGUUACGGUGUCCUUGACAUCCAUCACCUUAUUGGUCGCGUUAUGUUUUACAUUCUUCAUACUUUUUUCCAGAAUUUUUGAUUUUAAGUUUACAUGCCUUAACUUUUCCCGCACGCCAUCUUUUGGCGAACACCAAAUGUACUCGCACGUUGCCGACGCGUUCAAC